GUGUUGCAGGAUGUUGUGCCAAAACAACUACUGCACCACUGGAUCGAGUAAAGAUUUUGCUGCAAGCUCAUAACCACCAUUACAAACAUCUAGACAGCAGCAUGGUGGUUGUGAAUUGAAGGUAGAAGUGGAUUUGUGCAGCCGAUCUGAUCUGUCUUCUGCAUCUGUGUUGCAUCAUGGUGAGAUAAGAAACCUGCAGUUAUCAUGUUCAGAACCAUUCUCUGUGGGGCUGUAACAGUGCACUCUCGUUCAUAGCAUUUGAGGUAUUUUAUGGCCUACGUUUUUGAAACAUGUCAUAACUUAGGUUCUGAAUAUAAGCGUGUUACAUUGUCAAGAAAACAAAUGGAAUAGGUUAAUUUUGCAUAUAAUGAAACUUCGGAAUUUUUCCCCUCAGACACUAUAAACAGAAACAGAAUUCAAUGGAGUUUUUGUGAAUAUGUUCACUUGACUGUACCAAAAAGGGAAACACAAGUAGGGUAGUGUUUUGGUAACAUAAGUAGUCAGUCAGAUCUGCAGUCUUAAGAAUUGAAGGCUGAAAUAAUUGGUUUGACUGAUAUAUUAAAUUUUUAUUUUCUGUUUGCUUUGUACCGUGCCAUAAUUAGCAAAUAAAAUCUUAUGUUCUUCCCUAUUUAGGGUGGUAGAUAUGAUGCUGAUUAUUUGAAAUGUGUCUGACUUGACUGCAUAUCCUUGUUACAUGUAGGCAAAGAAGAAAAUUAUGUGGUAUUAGCUUCUGUGGGUGGAUAGCAUCAUCUGCAGUAGGAUUGCUUGCAGUCCAGGAAGUCAUGGGGCCUGAAUGGGUGAUUUGGAAAGAGGUUCACUGAGUCUGGGAGGAGUGUUUUCUACAUUGUGUGCUGUCCCCAGAAAGGAAGGUUACCUUGGGCUGUAUAAAGGAAACGGGGCAAUGAUGAUUAGAAUCUUUCCAUAUGGCGCAAUUCAGUUCAUGGCAUUUGACCAAUAUAAAAAGGUAAUAAAGAAGCAACUUGGGAUUUCAGGGCAUGUGCAUCGAUUAAUGGCUGGAUCCAUGGCAGGUAUUACAGCAGUGAUUUGUACUUACCCUCUUGAUAUGGUUAGAGUUCGUCUGGCAUUCCAAGUAAAAGGGGAACACAAGUACAUGGGAAUUAUCCAUGCAUUCAAGAUGAUUUACACAAAGGAAGGUGGUUUUAGUGGGUUCUACAGAGGGCUGAUGCCAACUAUUGUAGGAAUGGCGCCAUAUGCGGGUUUUUCAUUUUUUACCUUUGGUACCUUAAAGAGCAUUGGACUUUCUCAAGCACCUAACUUGCUUGGACGGCCUUCAUUAGAUAAUCCCGAUGUCUUAGUUUUGAAAACGCACGUAAAUCUGCUGUGUGGUGGCAUAGCUGGAGCAAUAGCUCAGACGAUAUCAUAUCCCCUUGAUGUAACUCGUAGGCGGAUGCAGUUAGGAGCAGUUCUCCCAGACUCUGAAAAGUGCCUUACAAUGGUGCAGACACUGAAAUAUGUGUAUCAACAACAUGGAAUACGAAGAGGAUUAUACCGUGGUUUAUCUCUAAAUUACAUCCGUUGCAUUCCUUCCCAGGCUGUGGCUUUUACCACAUAUGAACUUAUGAAACAAUUCUUGCAUCUCAACUGAUUUUUAUUUUAGAAGACUUUACCAUAAAACUACAUUAUCAGUCCUUAAAUUAUAUUGGUGACUAAAUUGCUUGAAGAUUAAAAAAAAAAAAAAGUGUUGCUGUGGAACUGCUGUUGUCUGACAUUUUUAUUUGCCAAAGUGUGGUUAAUUUCCUGGAGUCAAACCAGGGGACAGAUCAAAUAAACAUUAGUUAGCUAUAAACAGUUUUAUGCACUUGAUCUUCUAGGCUCCAUUAGAUCAAUGUUAAGAAUUGCACAGUUUUAAUAUUACACCCACAUUUUAUAUGGGUUUCAAGCUGUUAGUUAUUUAGCUUUAUCACCAUUCCAGGAGUUACACACACGGUUAUAUUGCUUUUUAAGAUAGUAGACAUCUGUUCUUCUUUAAAAAUUAAAUAAAUCGAUUUGAACAAAAUGCAGUGGUUUUCAUGUUCAAAUACUUGCCAGCUCUGUAGAAGCUGAACUUAAGCAUCUUUUUGUUACUUUUUUGCACAAGUUUUCUGUAUGCAGGAACAAUGCAUCUGCCUUUAGACUGGUACAUAUGACGGUCUCUUCUCCCGUAUCAAGAAAAAAUGCUCAGUUGUAUUUAACAUUAUGAGAGAUCUUGUAAUUUGGAAGCUGGUUACUUAGCAUAUUUUCUGUUCUGAAAAAUGCUACACAGAUAAAAGCAGGGGGAACUUUUACAGUGACAAGUGCUAUAAAAGAUCUCCUUAAGGCAGGUAGUAUAGGCCUACUCUUAAAAGGCAUUUCUGUACCUCUUCUGUGGAGCUGAAUGUUCUUGAUUCAGCUUAUUGGUGGCUAAGUAUUUUUCAUACUUUCCAGUCCUAGCUUGCAUAAACAGGUUUGUCCUACCUUAAAACAUGGUGACAAACAUGACUGCAUGCUGCUGCUUUUACUUAUUUAAGCAUAUGGACCACAUUCAACCUCUUACUCAAGAAAAGAAAAUGAAGAUUGUACUGAAGGCUGUAGAUGUGUAUAUGUACUGUUUCUGAACUAUGGUAUGCAAUAGACUAUUACAUGUUUUCCUCCUUCUACAGUUCCUUUUGUAGAGGGAAUUAUUUUAGAGACUUGUUUAUACAUGAUUUGCAUUGGUACUCUUGAUUUUACUCACUUGAUUCAGGAAACUGUAAAGCAUUUACUUUAAGUGAUGUAAGUUAUUUAUUGUAAAUAUUUUAGCAGUGUCUUUCAAGAACUGGUUAAGUGGUGGAUGGCUUAAGAUCGAUUUGCUUCAUCUGGACAAAUUUGACAGACUGGAUCUUGAGUUAUAUAUUCAAUACCAAUUUUGUGGCUCAAAAUUUUUUUUUUCCAGUUUCUCAGAAUUAUGUAUUUCUUUGAUACUUAACAAUGGAGCUGUGGACAGAAAAAGAAAUGUAUUUGAAUUUAUUUUAUUAAAAAUUUUGAACUAA